GACCACAGCGCUGUCAUUGUCCCGGAACGCCGAGGCGACAUGCCCGAGUUGGUGGUGACUGCGCUGCUGGCGCCAUCGCGCCUCACGCUGAAGUUGCUGCGCGCCUUCAUGUGGAGCUUCGUGUACUGCGCCGCGGGGCUGACCGCGGCCGUCUAUGGCUGCAUCGCGCUCACCAAUGUGCUGUGCCGGCCUCGGCGGGGCUGCUGCGGGCAGCCCCGGUGCGCGGCUCCCGCCUGCCUAAAAGACCCCACGCUGGGCGAGCACGACUUCUUGAGCCUCAGGAGUUCCGGCCUGCGUCUGCACAGUGUCUCUGCUGGUCGUGGCAAUGGGCCUCUCAUGCUGUUCCUGCAUGGCUUCCCUGAGAACUGGUUCUCCUGGCGCUACCAGCUGCGGGAGUUCCAGACCCGUUUCCAUGUUGUCGCUGUGGAUCUGCGUGGCUAUGGCCCCUCCGAUGCUCCAAAGGAUGUGGACUGCUACACCACUGACCUGUUGAUGGCCGACAUCCAGGAUAUCAUCCUGGGCUUGGGUUAUUCCAAGUGCAUCCUUGUGGGCCACGACUGGGGCGCCGUCCUCGCCUGGAAUUUCUCCAUCUACUUUCCAUCUCUGGUUGAGCGGAUGGUUGUGGUCAGCGGUCCCCCCAUGUCUGUGUACCAAGACUACUCAAUUCGCCACAUCGGACAGUUCUUCCGCUCGAACUACAUGUUCCUGUUCCAGCUUCCCUGGCUGCCGGAGAAGCUGCUGUCCAUGUCUGACUUCCAGAUCCUGAAGACCACUCUCACGCAUCGCAAGAGGGGCAUCCCACACCUGACCCCUGAUGAGCUUGAGGCUUUCCUUUAUGACUUCUCACAGCCCAGGGGCCUCUCCGGGCCCAUCAACUACUAUCGGAACAUCUUCAGGAACUUUCCCCUGGAGCCCCAGGAGCUGGCCACACCCACGUUGCUGUUAUGGGGGGAGAAGGACCCCUACUUCGAGCUAGGGCUGGUGAGAGCCAUCGGCAGCCGCUUUGUGCCAGGCCGACUGGAGACCCACAUCCUGCCUGAUGCAGGGCACUGGAUCCCACAGACUCACCCCAAGGAGAUGCACCAGUACAUGUGGGCUUUCUUGCAGGACCUGCUUGACUAGUGGUCCUGGCUUUCCUGCCUACACAGGUGCACGGAUA